CUUACCAAACAAACAUGGACACAUGAUUAUCAUAUAUUUUAUUGAUUAUAUAAUAAUAAGGUCCAUCUCCCCAAUCUUCCACCUCCCACUUCUCACAAUCAUUCCCACAACAGAGCACAGUUCACCUUUCUAUGCGGUUUUAACAAACCCAACAUAAACAUUCCCUUCCUCCUCACAUUCCAGCACCCCCUAUUACUAUUUGAAACCCACAUCCAAAAUUUGCUCCUCCUUCUCUUUUCAUCACCAACCAUGUCUGUCACAGGCCUCUCAUCAUCAUCAUCAUCAUCAAAACUCUUCCACAAACCAAUUCACCAUCGAACUAACUCCGAUGAGCUCGAUAUAUUCGAAGCCGCCAAAUACUUCUCGGGCUACAACGAACCAACUACUCACUACUACAUCACAAGCAAAAACAGAGCAUCCCUCGGCCGAGCACCCUCUGGCACCCGAAGAAUGAGCUUAGAAAUGCCAAUGGAAAACAUGAACAGUAAGAAAUUGCAAAUCGUGAAGGAAAAUAAUUUCGUUAGCAGCAACACAAAGCCACACAAGCAGCCCAACUCGCCAGUAGGGAAGCUGUCCAACUUCUUAAGUACUCUGUUCCACCAAGCGGCAGGGGGUUCCAAGAAGAAGCCACCAAAUUCGGACGGAGGCGGCGAGAGCCCAUGUGGCGGCGAAGCGAGGAAGAAGAGGAGGAGCAGCAUAAGCUAUUUCACUAGAUCAUUUGCUGAUACCAAGUCCUGGUACUCAACUACAUCGUCGAAAUCCGGGUUCAGGACUCCGCCGCCGCUUUACACUCCGACCAAGGCCGGGUUUAGAACCGUGGUUUGCGGUGGGAAUCAGAAACCAGUUUUCGGUGGGGAUUCCUCGUGGUCGUGGUUGGAUGAAAAUCUGGCUAAGCUUAGCAAUGAUGGGUUGUUGUUGAGUGCUUGUGAGAAAUCGAAGGUUGGUGGUGGUUCUAAAUUUUUUGGAGGUGAUGAUGGCGAUGAUGGAGGUGAGAGUGAUUCCAGCUCUGAUUUGUUUGAGCUGCAGAACUAUGAUUUGGAUGCUUGCCCUAGCGGUCUGCCUGUUUAUGAAACUACUGAUGUGGGUAGCAUCACAAGUGGAAAUGGUACCAUAUGACUGAUCAGUGAUAUAUGAGGACUGAUUAUUUGUUUGGGAAAUAUGAUGAUCUUUGUGUAUUGUCGUUGUUUAAUUUUGGUUAUUAGGUGGUUGUGGAUCUUUUGUUUUCAUGUUGUCCUUUGUUGUUUUUACUGUUUGAAGUCGUGUGAAGAAGAAAUUAGAAUUAUGGGA